UUCCCGCGCUGGCUUCUGUGACAGCCGGAUGCCCACUGCGCAUGCGCUGCGCUUUGUGAAUGAUCCGGUGUCUUCUGGGACACAUGACAGGUCCCAGAAGGCGCCGGGCCAUUCACAAAGCGCAGCGCUUCUCGCACAUGCGCAGUGGGCACCCGGCUAAGAGGGAAGGACAACUCCGCGGAAGUGGGAGCAGGUACCUGUCAAAUUCAGGUACCCGCUCCCCCUCCCUCCCCAAAGGUCAGCAGUCUCUGGUCAUUCCCUGCACUGUCUGCAGUCUCUGGUCAUCCCCUGCACUGUCUGCAGUCUCUGGUCAUUCCCUGCACUGUCUGCAGUCUCUGGUCAUUCCCUGCACUGUC